CUCCUUUUUCGAACCCAAAUCUCAACAUUCUACGAACCACCACUGUAAAAACAAACAUGGCUAAUACUGUCACCACUCAAGAAUUAGAAAUCCUCUCCAGCAAAGCCAUUUCGGCCAAAUCCACCGCAUACUGUCCAUACUCCAAAUUCCGCGUCGGAGCAAGCCUUCUCACUCACACCGGCGAAUAUAUCAUCGGCGCCAAUGUCGAGAAUGUCUCGUUUCCCGUGGGCACCUGCGCGGAGAGGGUAGCAUUUGGAACUGCUGUCGUGAACGGACAUAAAGAGUUCAAGGCUGUUGCCGUGGCCUCGGAUAUCACACCGGGGGCGUCGCCGUGUGGCAUGUGUAGACAAUUCAUGCGCGAGUUUCUUACGCCAUCGGUCCCGAUCUACAUGUAUGAUGGGCAGGGAGGACAUAUUGUGAAGACUAUGGGAGAGCUUCUUCCGAAUUCGUUUGGACCGGAUGAUUUGAGGUAAUGUGAUGUAACGGGGUAUGCGAAAUUUGAUUAGGCGUUGUGGUGUGGUAUGUAGUAGGGUAGUACACGUGAGUUUAUGUGGGAUUCGCUGUUUUCUGCCUAUUCCUAUAUAUGAAAUGUUACAUAUCGUUUAUAAUCACUAUCUUUGUCUUCACAAAGUACUACAGUAUAGUAGAAGCAUCAUACCUGAAUUGGAAAAUGUACACCAUGAUCUACAUACAACUCUGGUUACUGUCGAUCCGAGAUAUACUUGACGAAUGCCAGUCGAUCAUGAUGCGUGAUUUUUCGGAUUGUCUGAUCUACGAUGUUUGUACAUACUAGAAUAGAGUAUGGCUAAAUAAAGCUAGUCAACCGGUU